AUGCAGCUGGAGCCCUGCCUGGCGCCUCCGUCGAUGAUGCUGCCCAAGAAAUUCCUGCAGGCGAGCGGCGGCGGCGGCGGCGGCCCCGGCAGCGCUUACCCUCCUCCUCCUCCUCCCACGGCGGGCGGCUCCGAGCUGGCCCUGCACGAGCACCCCCUCCUCUCCGCGACGGCUGACAACCUGGAGAGAAGUUCACCUCGGAAAAAACUCGCCAGGGGGGGGAUGACGAAUCAGGCCGAGGCAGACAAUUUCCCUGACUCCAAAGACCCGCCAGGGGACGCGCAGCCGCUCCACCACCACCACCACCAGCACCAGCACCAGCACCACCACCAGCAGCAGCAGCAGCCGCCGCCGCAGCCCGCGCGCACCAAACUCUCGCCCGUCGUCUUGGACGGCGGCGGCGGCCACGAGCACCUCCGGCCCGCCUUCGAUGGAGCGGCCGCCGCCGCCGCAGCAGCAGCAGCAGCGGCGGCCGAUCGCUACCUCCUCUCGCCGGCGGCCGCCUCUUCUUCUUCGUCCUCCUCCUCUUCUUCGUCGUCGUCGUCCUCUUCGUCGUCUUCGUCGUCGGCCGCUGCCCUCCAGCCCGCCGCCCCUUCGGCUCCGCCGGCGCCCGCCGCCGCCGCCACCAUGUUCCCCUACCCCGGCCAGCACAACCCGGCGGCCGCCUUCUCCAUCGCCAGCCCCGGCCGCUACAUGGCCCACCACCCGGUGCUGGCCAACGGAGCCUACAACAGCCUGCUCUCCAACUCGGCGCCGCAGGGCUACCCGGCCGCCGGCUACCCCUACCCGCAGCAGUACGGCCACUCGUACCCGCAGGGCGCGCCCUUCUACCAGUUCCCCUCCGCCCAAGCCGGCCUCGUCCCCGGCAAGGCGCAGGUCUACCUCUGCAACCGGCCCCUCUGGCUCAAGUUCCACCGCCACCAGACCGAGAUGAUCAUUACCAAGCAAGGCAGGCGAAUGUUCCCCUUCCUGAGUUUUAACAUCUCCGGCCUGGAUCCCACGGCGCAUUACAACAUCUUCGUGGAUGUCAUCCUGGCCGACCCCAACCACUGGCGAUUCCAAGGCGGCAAGUGGGUGCCGUGCGGCAAGGCGGACACCAACGUGCAAGGGAACCGCGUCUACAUGCACCCGGACUCGCCCAACACCGGGGCCCACUGGAUGCGCCAGGAGAUCUCCUUCGGCAAGCUGAAGCUGACCAACAACAAGGGCGCCUCCAACAACAACGGACAGAUGGUGGUCUUGCAGUCCCUGCACAAAUACCAGCCCCGCUUGCACGUGGUGGAGGUGAACGAGGACGGCACGGAAGACACCAGCCAGCCCGGCCGCGUGCAGACCUUCACCUUCCCGGAGACGCAGUUCAUCGCCGUCACCGCCUACCAGAACACCGAUAUCACGCAGCUGAAGAUCGACCACAACCCCUUCGCCAAAGGCUUUCGAGACAACUACGACACGAUCUACACGGGCUGCGACAUGGACCGCUUGACGCCUUCGCCCAACGACUCGCCCCGCUCGCAGAUCGUGCCCGGCGCCCGCUACGCCAUGGCGGCGGCGGCGGCGGGCUCCUUCCUGCAGGACCAGUUCGUCAGCAACUACGCCAAGUCGCGGGGCUUCCACCCCCACCCCCACCACGCCCACCCCCACCACCCCCACCACCCGGGGGCCGGCGGGGGCGGCGGGGGCGGCGGCGGGCGGAGCGUGGCGCACCCCAACGGCCUCCUGUCGCCCCAGCAAGCCGAGGAGCCCGGCGCGCCCUCGCCCCAGCGCUGGUUCGUUACGCCCGCCAACAACCGCCUGGACUUCGCGCGCCGCCUCUCCGCCUACGACCCGGCCGGCGACCUGGGCGGGCAAACGCCGCCACCCUGCUCUCCUUACGCGGCCGCCGGCGUCAAGGCGCUCCCCCUGCAGGCCGCCGGCUGCACGGCGCGCCCGGCUGGGUACUACCCGGACCCGUCGGGCUGGGGCGCCCGCGGCCCUCCGCAGUACUGCGCCGCCAAGUCGCUCUCGACGUGCUGGCCCAACGGCGCUUUGGCGGCGGGCCGAGCGCUCCCCGCUGGUGGUGGCGCCGCCGCCCCCGCCGCCGCCCGCCGGCCCGCCCGCCGAGGACUCCAAGCCGCCCAAGGACUUGUCCGACCUCCGGACACUCCAGCUGAGAUCGAUGACACUACCCUCGUCUCAUCCAUCAAGUCCAUCGACUCCACCGACUCGGGGAUUUACGAGCUAGCCAAGCGGCGGCGCCUCUCCCCCGCCGGCACCCCCGCCUCGGAGAGCUCCUCGCCCCUCAAGAGCGAGCCCUCCCUCGCGCCCCGGGACUGCGACAAGACCUGCGCCCGCCUGCCGCCGAAGGACAUCGGCUACUACGGCUUCUACGCCCACAGCUAG